GGGGGUAUAAAGGAUGUGCAUGAUGUUGAUCUCUCCAUCGAACUUGAUGAUUGGUUUAGGGAGCGAGGCAUCGACACAUUCACACUCACCACUUUCCCUAUCUCCUACCAGAACAAACAAGGGGUUGUUAGACUAUUGGAUCAUGUUGAUUCGCAGACAGCGAAAUAACCCGAGAGAUCUGCCUAAAUCCUACAAGCGCGUCAGAGAGUUGCCAGAGGCUUGUAAAGUGAAGGAGGAGAUUGUACUUAAGGAGACAGGUCUAAAGGAUGAGGAUUUGCCUUGGAAGACUAUCAUUGAUCCGUACGGACACCACCGCUGAAAUGUAAAACAUGUGUGGUUAGCAUGAUUGUAACGAUUCGAUAUGUAAAUUGAUUUGUCCUUCUGCUAAAUGCAUGAUAUGUUUCUGAAAG